AUGGUGAACCUCGAAGCGGUCCUCCGGUGGCCGCACAUCAACUUCGUCACUCUCCACUAUGCAUACAUUAUCUUCAUGAGCGUCUUGUCGCUCGCAAUUCUCUAUCCUGCUGGGAAUAUGGCGGCAAUUGAUGCGUAUUUCUUUGGUGCUAGUUCCGCUACGGAGUCUGGCUUGAAUACCAUGGACCUCAAGGAGCUGUACACGUAUCAACAGCUCUACGUAUACUUCAUCCCCAUGUUCACAAAUCUGGGCUUCAUCAACUCUGUCGUCGUACUUGUCCGCUUUCUCUGGUUCCGAAAGCACCUCAGCAAACUCGCGCCGCAGUUGAGGGAUAAUAAAAAGUCUACGUCGUCAAAGUCCAAUGACGUUGAUGCAGAAGCGGGCCAUAUUCCUGGUACAGUAGAUAAUGACGCCGAGACUAAAUCCCCAGGUGAACAGAAAGCCGAGGAAAAGAAGGAUGAGGAUGAUGCUGCUACGGCAGAGUUCUUGAAGUCUCGAACCAUCAACUUCGAGCCGUCGGCGGAUAACCACCCCAAAAACGAUGAGACACUCUACAUUCCCGGACCAAGAGACCGUGAUAGAGGUAUAACUAAUGCCGUAUAUCAAUCACCCUUCGAAAUAUCUGUCGCAGAGUCGUCCGCCGCGGGAGGCCUUCGCCGCAGAUUUGUCGAUGGUCUUCCACUGGCCGAAUCUAAUACUAUCGGCCGUGUUGCCAACAUUGCCUCCUCCGCCUUUGUUCUCGGUCCUGAUCACCGCCACCGCCGGGGCUCGAUCUCAUCGAAUGUCUCCCAGCAGCGUGAAGUUCAGGCACGAAACUCACUUGCCCUGUCACAACAUGCCUCAUUAGGCCGUAACUCAGACUUUUACAAUCUGACUAGGGAAGAUCGCGAAAAAUUGGGAGGCAUCGAGUAUCGAAGCUUAAAACUACUGCUCAAGAUUGUCUUCACUUACUAUUUUGGGCUUCAUCUCUUCGGUGCAAUUUGUCUCGUUGGCUGGAUCCAGUAUGCCGAUCCCAAGUACCGAGCGGUCCUCGCUGCUUCUAGCCAGAAUAUUCACUGGUGGGCUUUCUACUCUGCUCAAACCAUGGUGGACAACCUCGGCUUCACCCUAACCCCUGACUCAAUGAUCUCAUUCCGUGAUGCCCAGUGGCCCAUGUUCAUCAUGAGCCUCCUCGCCUUCGCUGGCAACACACUAUAUCCCGUAUUCCUGCGCCUGGUUAUCUGGACGAUAUCCAAACUGGCUCCUAAGAACUCGUCUAUCCAGGAGCCACUAUCCUUCCUUCUGGACCAUCCACGUAGAUGCUACACGCUCUUGUUUCCCAGCCGGCCCACCUGGAUUCUCUUCGGCAUCAUCUUCGCCAUGAACUUUAUCGAUACCCUUCUCAUUCUUGUUCUCGACUUGAAGAACCCAGAAGUAGCUUCCAUACCCCUCGGGCCUCGCAUUCUCGCUGCUAUUUUCCAGGCAGCCUCAGCCCGCCACACCGGAACCGCAGCCUUUAACCUUGCCAAUGUCAAUCCAGCAGUCCAAUUCAGUUUACUGGUUAUGAUGUACAUUGCUAUCUUCCCCAUUGCAAUCAGUAUGCGUUCUUCCAAUACCUACGAGGACAAAUCACUGGGUAUUUACGAGCGACCAAACCGUCUGGAUGAGAGCAGUGGCACCGAUUAUCUGCUUAAGCAUAUGCGAAAUCAGCUCAGUUUCGACCUGUGGUUCAUUUUUCUAGGAGCCUUCUGCAUCUGCAUCGCUGAAUCAGAGAGGAUUGCAGAUACUUCCAUUCCGGCAUUUUCCGUUUGGACCGUCUUUUUCGAAGUCACCUCUGCCUAUGGAAAUGUCGGUCUCAGUCUAGGCUAUCCAGAUGUCUCCUACUCGCUUAGUGGUAAAUUCAGUCUAUUCAGCAAGCUCGUUGUCUGUGUAAUAAUGAUCCGUGGACGCCAUCGUGGCCUGCCGUAUGCCCUGGACAGGGCAAUCAUACUUCCAAACGGGGACGGUGACAUUGAUGUAGUUGAAACAGACGAUAUAUAUAGCUAG